AUGGAAAUUGAAAUAAAAGAAAGAGUUGAUGGGGAGAGCACGUCAAUUCCUAUAAAAGAUGAACCCACUGUCGAAGACUUAAGAAAGAAGCUUCUUAGCCAUUCGCCCUGGCUUCCUUCGUGCUGCAUCUUCAGAGUUCCCGAGGUGAUUCGGAGACAAAAGAUAGAGGCCUAUGAACCUAACAUUGUCUCCAUCGGACCCAUCCAUCGCCACCACCGUGCUGAAAAAUUCAAACUCUUCGAAGAUGUGAAACGGUGGUAUUUACAUUGCCUUCUCUCCUCAUCCCAGUAUGUAAGUUUGGAGAGCUUGAUCAAAGUGAUCAUGGAGUUGGCUAAAAGCGCCCGCGACUGUUACGCGUACCCGUUGGAUGAUCUCAAUGAAAAAGACUUUGUAGAAAUGAUGAUACUUGACGGUUGCUUCCUGUUACAACUAUUUCGAAAGGCAUAUUGUUGUGAGCUAGAAGAGGAUUACGACCCCGCUUUCGACGUGUGCUGCACGCGGGAACAUCUGUACCAUGACCUUCUGCUGCUAGAAAAUCAGCUACCUUGGUCUGUGCUGGAGUGUUUGUACAACCUAACUGCCAAUUGCCCUAGCCAAGAGGCCUCCCUCCCUUAUCUCGUGCUCAACUUCUUCAGGCAAUCCUCGGCGGAUGAACUGAUGUUGACCCACAGCUUCAGCCAGCCACGUAAGAUUUUGCACAUACUUGAUCUGGUAAGAACCGUGAUGGUUAAUGGAUUCGAGGAGAAGUUGGAUGAGCAUGUGGAAAAGAAGCAGAAAAAGAAUGAACUAAACUUGCCUCAACGGAUCCCAAACGCAACAUCUCUUUCGGAGGCAGGCAUAAAGUUCAGAAAAAGCCAAACAAAGGGAGAGGGAGGGUGCAUAAUGAACAUAGAGUUCAAAAAAGGGGUUUUUACAAUUCCGCCGCUGGGAAUUGAUGAGAGGACAGAGCCUCUGUUCAGGAACCUCAUCGCCUUUGAACAAUGCCACCACUAUCGCCUGCACAAGAUAACAUCCUACGCCGUUUUGAUGGAUAACCUCAUCGACUCCAAAGACGAUGUAGAUUUUCUUUGUGACAAAGGAAUAUUGGCCAAUUGGUUGAACGCGGAUGAUGCUGCCCAAUUCUUCAACAAGCUUUACAAUGACACCACCGUCAGGUAUUACUACAGUGAUCUCUCCGACGAUGUGAAUAAGUAUUACAAGACUAAAUGGCACAGGUUUAUGGAAAUAUUGAGGAGUGACUAUUUUUCCACCCCAUGGAGAAUCAUCUCUUUCAUCGCGGCCUUUAUCCUCCUGGUCCUCACCCUAGUGCAGACCCUAUAUGCUAUUCAGUAG